GUCCACAUGGCAUCUCAACCGCCUUCAACUCUCCACCAUCGUCACCAUCGCAGCUCCAGCUCCAGCUUCGGCUUCACUCGAGUUUCCAGCCAGGCCAAACAAUACUGUGUCAUCUAGAGGAACACUCCCCCUCUCUCUUAGCCGCAUCCCUGCCCAUUCUCUCCUCUACACCGCCGCCCGCCAACCCCUCCACUCGAACGGCCCAGCUUCACUACGCACCACCACCCAUACGCCAGCUCCGACAUCACAGCACAGCACACUCAACACCCAACCGCCCAAACAGCCGCUCUCCUCGCGGCUCUCCCGGCUCAUGGCCGUCAUGGACCAAGACGACUUCUCCAACGUCUCCUGGAGCGAGCACGUCCAAGAGCAGACCUCCCGCUCCGCCCCCGCCGCCGACGAUCCCGGACAUACCAUGGACGGCGCGGGAACCAGCCACGCGCACAACGCACACGGCCUCGGCCCCGAGACGCUCGAUUGCGUCGUCGGCACGCCCAUCAAGGAGAAUGAUGGCACCAAGGAUGCCUUUGUGUCGUAUCUCAUCACCACCAACUCCACCUUCCCCUCGUUCCAGCGCGAAAACACCACGGUCCGCCGCCGCUUCACCGACUUCGUCUUCCUCUACAAGCAGCUCAUGCGCGACUUCCCCGCCUCGGCCGUGCCCCCGCUGCCCGACAAGCAGCGCAUGGAGUACGUCCGCGGCGACCGCUUCGGCUCCGACUUCACCGCCCGCCGCGGCCACUCGCUGCAGCGAUUCCUCAUCCGCCUGUCCCUCCACCCGACCCUGCGCCGCGCCCCGAUCCUGCACACCUUCCUCGAGAGCCCCGACUGGAAUGCCACCAUGCGCAGCCGGAGCACCCGAGCCAGCUCCUCGAGUGACCCGGGCUCCGCGGGCGUCUUUGACAACUUCGCCGACACCUUCAUCAACGCCUUUACCAAGGUCCACCGCCCCGACCGCCGCUUCCUCGAGGUCCGCGAGAAGAGCGACAAGCUCGACGACGACCUCGGCCACAUCGAAAAGGUCAUUGCUCGGGUGGCCCGCCGCGAGACGGACCUGGAGGCCGACCUACACGACCUCGCUGAGCAGUUCCAGAAGCUCAUUCCCCUCGAGCCCAGCGUUGAACCCGCCAUCCAUGCCUUCGCCGCCUCCAUCGAGGACACUGCCACCGACCUGCGCAAGCUCAAGGACACGACCGACCAGGAUUAUCUUGGCUCCCUGCGCGACAUGCAGGCCUACUCGCUUGCCCUGAAGCAGCUCCUCAAAGCCCGCGAGCAGAAACAACUGGACUACGAGCAACUGACGGAGUACCUUAACAAAUCCACCUCGGAGCGCGACACCUUACAGACCGGCCACGGCUCCGGUUCAGGCGCGGGCGGCUUCCUACGCGCCAAGAUCGAAGACGUCCGCGGCGUUGACCAUGAGCAGGCCCGCCGCGAGCGCACCCGCAAGUUGGAACUGCGCGUCGAGGAGCUGACCCACGAGGUCGAGAGCGCCCGUAACACGAGCGACAUGUUCGACGAUGAGGUAGUCAAGGAGGUGGUCGAGUUUGAGCGCAUCAAGCGCAUCGAGAUGAAGGCUCAGCUGGGCAACUUCGCCGACGCCCACGUCGACUUUUACGGUGAGGUCAUCGACACCUGGGAGCGCUACGUCAUGGAGAUGGAAAAGGAGGGCCCCGUGUCUGCAGCAUGAGUCCCGCCCAGACUCGAGCCCGAAUUGAAAGUGUAAACGGGGGAACGCGCGAGAUCCAAGGUUCCCCAUUUGUGAUUUUUAAAAUAUUCUUGUCACGAGCUCCUGGCGUUUUGGAAUGAUAUGGCGUUCUAGGAGGAGUUGUGCAAAGGGCGGGAGGGGGGCCAAGUGAGUCUAGUGAUGGACAGCUAGGCUAUGUAAUGGACAAGAAAGAGAGAUUCCAGCGCCGUUUCUGGGUCUCUUGGGUUAUUAUUACUGUGAAGAUAUCCGUGUCUCGGUAGAGUGUGAAUCCUAAUACUUGGUCUGAUACGAUGUACAUAUAUUCAUACAAGCACAGUCACAUACAAGCACAUCACAUACACGCCAUCACAUAUAUAAACCCCAGGUUGUUGGAAAUCCAAACAUCUAUUGAUUGAC